AAUCCAUCGCUUUCGUUUCGAGUUUCGUAACAACAAUCAUCCGCCCAUAGACAAUCAACAAACUGAAAUGAAAAUGUCCGUCGUAAAAGGAACGUUUUUAUUUUACUUUGUGACUGAGUAAUGAUUGUGGCAAGCAAUGUGAAAUAUUUUAUUGUAUUUACCAUAAUUGAAGUGUAAAAUAUUUAUAAAAAUGAUUGUUCAAGAGCCUACACAGGUAAUCGUUUGGGAUUGUCUCAAUAAUUAUGAAUUUGACAAUGCUGUAUUCCUGGCAGAGAGAUUACAUGCUGAGGUUGCUUCUGAGGAGACAGCAUUUUUGUUAGGGACAUGUUACUAUAGAGCUGGACGUGUAAAUGAAGCACAUCAUUUACUACAAAACAUAUCCCUCACUCUACCACAGGCAAGAUUUCUGCUGGCUAAAUGCUCAGUGGAAUUGAAAUUUUACAAAGAUGCAGAACUGGCCUUAGGCACAAAAGACACUGUGGCCGCCGAAUUUGGGGAGCAAGCACCAUAUGCAUUGCACCUUCUAGCCAAAAUAUACAACAUCACAGAGAGAAGAACCAAAGCUGCAGAGGCUCUCCGAAAAGCACUGUCUCUCAACCCCUUCAUGUGGAAAUCCUUCACCCAGCUCUGCCAAAUGGGUGAGAAAGUAGAUCCCCAUAGUGUAUUCCAAAUAAACAACACCGAAUUCACAUUUGGUGUUUCAACAUUAGUGAAUCUAGUCAGCAAUUCAGAAAAUAUUUCAUUCAUCAAUAGUAACAUAUCUAAUAACACGAACUUGAAUUCUAAUGUUACUCCCAACAAUAUUGCUGCCCGAACUCCGAUAACAAUGUCAACUAGUAUUACACCAGAAACCCAAGCGCCUGUCAAGCGCACAGUGCAUAGUGUCUUCAGUGGAAUGGCGCCCAUACCCUUCUCGCCAUCUUUCGGUAUGUUACCAAUGGAAGAGUCUCCAGUUCUGUACUCAUCAACACUCACAGACGCCAAUGAACAGAAAGCUAUACCAAAGAUAGUCAACUCGCUCAGAGCACACGUGGGUCAGCUCAAAGAUGCAGUAUUCAGCCCCGGACCGAGGUGCACCCUCGGCCCCGCCCCUCGCAGGUCUUCUAGGCUGUUUAGUAAUAACAAUAGUAGCUAUUCCGUCAAAGAAAACAACAAAUCGCCUAGCCGGAAAUUCGUAACGCCCAAAAGCCCUUCGAGAAAAAAUAAACAACGCACAGCCAAAAAUAUAAAAUCCAAUCCCGAAACAAACGAAAGGAAUAAGAGCAUAGAGACUGUCACACCGACUUUAACACCAAAGAGCACCAGUGGUGUACCACUGUUAAAUUUACUGAGAGAAUUAGGAGAUGCUUACAAAUCGCUAUCCUUUUUAGACUGCAAAACUGCCAUCAAACAGUUUCAAGAGAUAUCCCCCAAACAGCUGGCUUCACCGUGGGUUCAAACGAUGAUCGCCCGUGCGCAUUAUGAGCUGGCGCAAUACGAAGCGGCGGCGAAAAUCUUUGCAGAAAUUAGAAAACAGUACCCAAAUCGUACAGAGGGCAUGGAUAUUUACAGUACUUGCUUGUGGCACCUCCAACGAGAAGCCCAACUCUCCGCGCUAGCACAAGAAUUAGUAGAGUUGAACAGAAAUGAUUCUAUAGCAUGGCUAGCAUCCGGCAACUGUUUUUCGCUGCAUAAAGAGCGUGAAACGGCUUUGAAAUUCUUUAAACGCGCCGUUCAAAUAGACCCCGACGCGGCAUACGCCCAUGCGCUCCUAGGACACGAGUAUGCCGUAGCUGAAGAAACUGACAAGGCCCUAUCUAGUUUCCGAACCGCUGUCAGCAUCGAUCCUCGUAAUUACGUAGCUUGGUUCGGCAUAGCCACCGUGUAUGCGCGUCAGGAACGUUGGAAAGCUUCAGAAGUACAUAUUCGCCGAGCGUUAGCUAUUCAUCCUCAUUCGGGUGUUUUACGUUGCCAAUUGGGCUUAGCCCAGGCGGCUUUGGGCAAAAUGGAUCGCGCACUCGCCACUCUAGAAAGAGCUGUCUCAUUGGACGCUGAAAACCCUCUCUGUCGAUUCCACAGAGCGUCUGUGUUGCUGCGCGCGGGGAGGCCGCAGGAUGCGCUGGGUGACUUGCAUCAUUUAAAAAAUAUUGCACCCAGAGAAUCUUUAGUGUAUUACUUGCUCGGAAAGGUUCACAAUAAAUUGGGCAACUCCCACCUGGCUCUUAUGCACUUCAGCUGGGCCACGGACCUAGAUCCUAAGGGCACCGGAGCACAUAUAAAGGAAGGUUUCGACCCUUCCAAACAGGAAGACACUCCCGAAAGAUCAUCCUAAACAUGGACCAUUAUUCGUACCGAUUCAUCUCCAUAGUUAAUGUGUACGAUAUCCCCUUGUAAAUAACGUGCUCACCUCUCGAACUCUGAUUUGACCCAAAAUCUUCCAAAUAUAGCUUUACGGAGAUCGAGCGGUGUGUGAACGCAUUUAGUUGCUGUAGUAGUAAGGGCGUAUGUGGAUUUGUUUAUAUAGAGUAAGAUGUGGAUAUUCCUAGUUUAUUAUAUAUCAUGUAUAGCAAAUAAUUCCUAGAAAGUAACAGUAAAAUUAUGCUUUCGAAGGACCUAAAACUAUCAGGGCCUCGAUCUCAAAGUGUUUAUUUGUAAUAAAUGUAUAUUAUGUUGUGCUAGAUGUCGCAAUUUAUUUAAUUGCCACCGUAAAAUUCGUGAUAAUAAUUAGAGUUUUCAAAAUUGAUUUUGUUUCCGGCUGAUACGAUAAAUAAAACUUUUUCAAUUGCAUACGAAAAAUCGCUUACGAGAACCGCUGGCGGUGUUUCAUUAUAAUAUUAAUUAUAAUAGCCAUCGAUUUUGUAUUACGCAUUACUUUUACAAAUUAUUUAAGUACGAGAAAAUAAAUAGAAAAUUACGGUAAAGGAAGCGAGUCAUGAUUUUUUUUCUAAGGGCUGGUUAAUUAUACAAUCUUCAAACCAAAACUACUAACUAAGCCAUAAAGCAAAUAAGAAAAAGCUAACGUAACGACGUAGAAUGGUACAAUAAUUAUUAUCAAACCAAUACUAGUUUUAUAUUUAGACAAUGAUAAGCUACCGUUUUUCUAGUGCAGUAAAAUAGACCGGUUUGCAGAAAUGAAAAUUGAAAUGUUGUUAGGGGCAAGCGACGGGUCUGCCCGCGAAAUUCAAAUUUUAUUUGGUUUUUCGCAAUUUGUUCACAAUUAAGAUCCAUUUGGCGUAUAAGAUGCUUUUCAGUAUUUAGGGGAAAAGAAUGGCAUCAAAAAUUUCGAUAGUCAACGGCAUAAAUAUACCCCAAACAUUACAAUGAUUUACAAAUUGAUGUAAAAUGAAAGGAAAAACCGUAUCGGGCGUUUUUAAGGAAAUGUGUUUUAGAUCGCUUUUAGCAACGCAAAACUUAUUUCUCUUGCAAAAAAAUUAUGUUUGUUAAAACAUUUUGAAGCUUUGUGGUCUGUCUAGUGAAAGCUGAGUGAAAAAUGGUGCCUUUAAAAAUUUGACGCGUAGUAGGAAUAAAAGUAUUUGUUUCUUAAAGAAUAAUAGGAAAGCAUAAAGCAAACAAUUAUUCUAUCUAAUACUACGUUUAUUCCUAGGCUAAGCUCGCGAUACACGAUGAAUCAUUUUUCCCUCAGCUUUCCAUUAGACAACUUCUAGCAUCUUUCACAAAAAAUGUUUCUGUGUUAGUAUUUUAGUACUGUUUUGUAAGUGUUACUCUAAGUACCUGCUUACGGUGUUCUACAUUGAAAAGAAAUACUUGCACUUCGUUGCAAUCACAUCUGAUGGUAAGUGGUUCUUAAUAAUUUGUCUGUGUAUUUUAUGUAACUAAAUUGGUUUAUUUUAAAAAAUGAUAAAAAAAAAUCAGUUGCCUCUUUUUGUUAUUAAUUAUGGUUUAUCAAGCAGAUAAAUUAAUUUGUAAUCAUGCUUAUAUGAGCGUUUGUCUUGUAAGACUAGUAUCAAAGUGAGACUGCUACUUUGUGACGAUCGCAAUCAAUUUAAGAGGCCCUAGUGCAACUUUUCUUAAUGUAAACUGUGCUUAAUUCCGUCAUUUAGUUUUUAUUUAUUUGGUUAGAUACAAGUUAGCCCUUGACUGCAAUCUCACCUGGUGGUAAGUUGAUGCAGUCUAAGCGGUCUAACUUGGACCUGGGGUAUGGGCAGUUUUCAUUAAACUCCUUUGGUUUCCACACGGCAUCCUACCGGAACGCUAGACCGCUUGGCGGCACGCCUUUGCCCGUAGCGUGGUAACUAGCCAAGGCCGAAACCUCCCACCAGACCAGACCAGCAAUUAUGAAAUUUCAAACCCCUGCCGAGAAUCGAACCCGGGGCCUCCCACUAAUAAGACCACAGCGCUUACCACUGCGCCAGGGAAGCCGUCAUGAAAGUAUGAUGGAAAAGUUUUCUGUUCCGUUCCCUUCCAUACUAAAUGACAAAAGGCACAGACUUGAAAGUUACACUAGGGCCCCUGACACUCACUAUUGACUAGAAUGCACAGUUGUAUCAUGAAUUCAGCCAAUGGGAGUAUUACACUAUCAAUAUCACGUGAUACACGAUAUCGCAACCCUGUACCGGGAAUAUCUGAUCGUAUUGACAAUAUCGCAGUGUCCGAGACUCGAUUACAGUAAAAUGACAGCUACACUGUGAUAAUCGCAAUCACCUCUAAUUGGCUGACUGUCUCUCGCUAUUGGCUAAAAUGCAUUGUUCCAUCAAAAACACCACCAAUUCAACCAAUCACAGUCAACUUCAGUCUGUAGUAAUGAUUGAUGCAGCUUUUCCUUAAUCGACCAGCUGAUCUUCUAGAAAUCCUGCGAUCCCAGAAUCUCGAUCGUUACCAAUAGAAAGAAACCCCUAAUUACAACAGUUGCGAUUAUCGCAAUGUGAUAAUCACAACUUUCGUGCUAGCCCUUCAGUUUCUAUUUUACGUCCAAUGACUAUAUGCAGUCUAUACUCUCCACCUGUACAGUUCCAGAUCUUAGUUAAUAAAUAGUUGUUCAUGAAAUUAUUUCGUGAUGUUUCAUAUAGUAAAAAUACACGUAUUGUUUGUCUUGAAUAAUGAAUCACCAAUCAAAACUAGCUCUAAAGACAUGUACACCCUAAUAUGUGAACUUAUAAAAAUCAUAUUAAACUAUA